GCGUCGCCCCCAAGAGUCUUUCUGCGGCCCCCGAGCUUUGAGGGCGAAACGAGACUGAUCGGGGCCGAAACCAUGAACCGGAGUUUUCACAAGUCUCAGACCCUGCGCUUCUACGACUGCAGCGCGGUGGAAGUCAAGAGCAAGUUUGGGGCUGAAUUCCGAAGAUUCUCCUUGAACCGCCACAAGCCUGGCAAGUUUGAAGAUUUCUACCAGCUGGUGGUGCACACCCACCACAUCUCCAGCACCGAGGUGACCAUCGGCUAUGCAGAUGUGCAUGGCGACCUGCUUCCCAUCAACAACGAUGACAACUUCUGCAAGGCCGUCUCCAGCGCCAACCCCCUGCUCAGGGUCUUCAUCCAGAAGCGAGAAGAGGCAGACCACUACAGCUUUGGGGCUGGCACCCUCUCCAGGAAGAAGAAGGUGCUGGUGACCCUGAGGGAGGAGGGUCUCCGCCGUCGUGCCCACCUUGACAUCAGCCUGCCCCAUGACUUUCGGCCCGUGUCCUCCAUCAUCGACGUGGACAUCCUCCCCGAGACGCACCGCCGCGUGAGGCUGUACAGACAUGGCUGCGAAAAGCCUCUGGGCUUCUACAUCCGAGACGGCACCAGCGUACGGGUCACCCCCCAUGGGCUGGAGAAGGUUCCAGGCAUCUUCAUUUCCCGCAUGGUCCCUGGGGGCCUGGCAGAGAGCACGGGACUGCUGGCAGUGAAUGACGAAGUCCUGGAGGUAAACGGGAUUGAGGUGGCGGGGAAGACGCUGGACCAGGUCACAGACAUGAUGAUUGCCAACAGCCACAACCUCAUCGUCACUGUCAAGCCCGCCAAUCAGAGGAACAAUGUCGUCCGCAGCAGCCGCACCUCCGGCAGCUCUGGCCAGUCCACGGACAGCACUGCCAGCCACCACAGCCUGCCAGUGGCCCACGUGCUGCAGAACUUCCACCCCGAUGAGAUGGAGAGCGACGAGGAAGCUGACAUCGUCAUUGAGGGCACCUUGGAGCCUCAGAGUGUCUCCAAGAUGCAGGGCACACCUUCAGGCAGCCUGUCUCGGGCCAACGGCAGCAGCCUCGCACACAGGCUGCAGCGGGACCUGGCGCUGCACAGCCCGGGACGGGAGAGCAACGGCAGCAUCCACAGACUUCUCUGCUCCCUGAAGGCGGACCCCCGCCACAGCCUGGUCCUGCCGCAAGGCGGGGUGGAGGAGCACGGGCCAGCCGUCACGCUAUAGGCCCAGAGGCUGGGUGAGGCAAGUGCUGCCUGUCCCACGCAGGGGCUGUGGGAGCCGGUGGCCCUGGGAGGCACUGUGAUUUCAGACGUGAAAUUCCUAGCAGGAAUAUGCUAAAAAUGUAUGCCAACUUAAAACCAGGACAGCUUGUGUCCCUUCCUCCUUGGUCACAGGCGUAGCCCUCUUCUCUGUGUCAGCUCAGCACUAUUUUAUAGAAUUUUGCCCCACAACUUAACAGACACAUGCACACCCCAGGCCAGGCCCCCGUGCAGGUUCCAGCCCUCUGAAAGAUCUGAAUACAGAAAUAAUUAGUUUUUAAAUUUCAAAAGUACUUCAUUUUUUUUUUAAUUAAGCUUUUGAAGUUCAUGUUUUUUAACUCAGCUCACGUGAAGAUGCCCUUUAUGCUGCGCGGUUUCUGCUGACCUGCACAAGACUUCCCCAAGAGGACCGAGGGGCCAGGCCUGUGCCAGGUCCAGCAGCAGCAUUCACACCAGGCCAGACCCCCACGGGCAUGUGGGUCCCUACAGCAGUAGGCACCACCGUCUCAGGAAGCAGAGUGAAGGUGAGGCAGGCACUGCCAGAGGUGACUGCGAGCUGCGUGCUCCCAACUUGUCCUUCGGGGAGGUUUUCGAGUGUUUCCUGCAGAGGUGGUGGACAACGGGCCUCAGGCACCCGGACAGAGUUAUCUCUGCCCCCACAGCAGCCAGCUCUUCCUGUCAGUUGAUGAACACAUACUGACCUCCAUUCCUAACGUCAUGGUCAGAGGCAGGGGUUCUCCUGCUUUUGAGUCAUAUGAACAUAAUGGUUUUAACAAAUAUUAAAUUCAGUGUCACUUUCCUUUAAACUUUUAGAAGUUUAUUCAUGUUUGAGUCAAUUAAAUUUUAUAUGAAGUAUGUCUUCAGCUUAAAUCCAAUGUCAGGGAGAAAACAUUACAUUUAUGCUUUGAGAACAAACUUUGGCCAAAUAAGUCUCCUGCAAACAAAGAGUAUUUUCCAGGUUUUCUAAGCCUGAAUUCCACUGCUGCUUUCUGCAUGAUCCAGCACCACCUGCUGGCCAUCAGCAGAACUGUCUUGAUCUGUCAAGGUCAGAGGGAUUUGGUGCAGCCCAGCUGCAUUAAUUAAGUGAAAAGAAACUUCUUUUCCCUUUGAAACUCUUUCUUGGGCAGAGUAGCCUUUUCCGAGUAGCUUCCUCCCUGCGUCUGAGUUUCUCAUUUUGUACAAGGGGCCACAGCACAUCUCCAGAGUAUAGGACAGAGUGAGACACCACUGGGCGGGGAUCCAGCCCCCAGGACGCAUGGAGCUGCCACAGGGGAGGUGCUGGCCAGUGAGACAAGCCGUGGAGCCACGGGAAUGCCCAGGAGGAUCACCAAGAUGAGGUUUUCACUGGGUCUCUGCUGGUAUUAGUGUCCGUGGAAUAACUGGGCCCACUACCAAGAAGGGAAGUUGUAUUAAAUUGUUACGCAAAUAUGAAUCCAUGUUUUAAAGAGAACAAGGCUUACUCAGUGUGUAAGCUUUGUGCCUGUUGCUGGUAACUGCAGGGAUCACAGGCUGCUUGGAGGAGCUGUGAGAGUGUAUUUUUCUACCCGGGUCUAUACUUCUGCAAUUUGUUUCUUAAAAGAAAAGCAACAAAACCAUGUCACUAUAUAUUAAAGAUUUUUUGUUUGUUUGUUUUAUAUAUCAGAGAAUAAAUUUUUUUGCCUUUG